AUUUCUUUCUAAAGGUUUUCUUCACGGUCGGUGAAAGGAUUCCACCAUUGAGAUGUCAUAAUGAUCCGUUCGUGUAUACAACAUUUUAAUAUCUUCUCCACUGUUCCAGAAAUCCCCAUCAGAACGCCACCCAAGGAUGAAGAGAAUCUCUAUUCAUUGAAUCUCUGGAGACGUCAUUUUCUUUCUUUCUUUCGCGUUUCAGUGAUAACCUCACUUUUCGAAUUUGGCGUUCAGUUGUCAACUUUAACAAUAAAAGAAGAUAAAGAAAAUGGUCCAAGGACGGUAAGUGAUCUGAAGCUCAUCAAUGCAGGUAAGAUAUUGGAAAACAACAGGACACUGGCACAGUGUAGAGUACCAGUCCAAGAAAUUGCCGGCGGAGUCACCACUAUGCAUGUUGUUGUGCGCCCUCCAUUAUCAGACAAGAAUGGUGGUCUCAUACAUUCAGUUGGUGGUGCAGAAGAUGUAUGGAAAAUUUGCCUGGAUUUUUCUGUGGAUUGGAAUUGUAACGGUUUCCAAAGCUGUGUAUUAUUGGGUUAAUCCCAAACGUAGAGCUCAUUUGACCCCUUCAUGUUUCUUUCCUACAUUAUCCAGUGAAUGUAGCUGAAAUAUGAAAGAUAAUUACACCAACUGAUUACAGCCCAUUGUAUAAGACUUUCUUCUUUUUCUUGUUGUUGGUGCAUAUUGCUUCUUUGAGUGCAUUUCUCUCGCUAGUUGAGCAUGGAGUGUGGCAAGUUGGUUGACUUUGUGUUAUCUUAUGAAGGAUUGAAUUUUCAAGUAUUUAAAGUUAAUACCUUUCCUACACAAUUGUAAAUAUCAAUUAUGUAAAUGUGGCUAAUUUGCUAAAGCAUUAUGUUGUGUUUAUUUGAAUUUGUGGAGUAAGACUUAUUAUAGGUUUAUUGGAUUUCUUCCUGAAAACACCAGCUUUAUCUUCAAUAUUAUGUCUCACAUUAUUUAAUAGAAUGGAAAUUAAAUAUAUAUGUCAGUCAUUAGCUUCCUAAAGUGUUGGUAGUUGGCUAAAACAUCCGUGCUGUGUUGAAUGGUUUCCAGGGAAAAGGCAUAUCAAGAUGUCCUUUAACUUAUGAUUAGUAAGCUGGAAUUAAUAAUCCUCCCGUUUCAUGCAACAGUUGGUGUGUAUCCAAAUAGUAGUUGAUUUUUGAGUAAAGGAAUUCAUUAGUAAAUUUUGGUGCAUGGCGUUUUCUUUCCCCUUCUUUUUGUGGGGCAUGGGAAGUGGUUCGAAUUCUAUUCCUUUGCAUGCUACCUAAGGUUAAUAUGGUAGUUAGGCACAAAAUAGAAGGCGUAGACAGGAAGUGUUCUAUUCAGGUUCAAUUUGAAAAACACUUAGAAUUGGAUGUCAAGAUGACAGUGACAUGUUGUAAGUACCAAAGCUAUCAUUGAUUAGAAGCUUUUAUCAAGUUAUCAAGUGGGCAAGAUCUGAGUUCAGGGUAAUAACCAGAGUUCUGGCAUCCUGGCUAAUUUGGGAAUUAAAGGAUAAGGCUCUUAGAAAGCAUAAGGGGGAUCCCUUCUUCACUUGCUUGCAGAGGAUGGAUGUAAGACCAUAUUUCUUUUGGAAAUGCAAGAUGUAUAACAGAAUUUUGAGCAUUGCUUUGGACUCAACAACUUCUAUAGACAAGGAAAUGGCAAGAAUGCCAUCGGUGAGUUUGGGAUUAAUUUCUCUUGUUUUGGAUUUCUUCUGUGACAGGAACCAAGAUCCAACUAUUUUCUUUCAAUGAGUUCUCAGGGAGCUUCAACUGCAUCAGCCAACAAUUAAAAAGGGCCUAACAUAUUUUUCUCAUUCUCUAAUAUUAACUUCAUUUGUGAUUCUUGCCAAACCUGACCAUACUUCUCUAGCCCUUUUGCUUUCCUACCUUUAUCAGAAGUUGGUAGUAUGCUUGCUGAGUGGAACACUGGUUGUCA